AUGUCCCUUGGAUCUGAACCUUGUCUCAAGCAUGGGCCCCAGAGUUGUAGCCUUCAGUUCCUGGCUGCAGUAAAUGAUCCUUCUGUGGCCAUUUUUGGCAACCUUUGGUUCUGUUUAGAAAAAAAUAUCGAAAGUAUACCCAUCGAUUUGACAACAGUAAAUCCAGACAUGGACAAGGAGAAAAGCUACACAAAAGCAAGACUUCAAAAAUAUGAAGAGCAAGAAUAUGAAGCUGUCACACUGUCAGAGGAUCAACCAGCUAAAGUAGCAGAAAAAGAAACCUCGAAAUAUAAAACAUUCAGAAUGCAUUCUGUACCCCUGAAGUCAGAGGAAACAGGAGAAAUCUAUCAAGAUUACUACUCUCCAGGCAUGCCACAAGAUCCUUCAAAACCGAAUUCUCAUAAGAAGAAAGACAAAUCAAAGAGAAAAAAGGAUCAAACUCACACUUGUCCAAAGGUUAAGAAAAAAAGGCUUGUGUCAUAUGAUACAACAGAACCAGAGGAUGACGAUGUGACAAGACAUAUUAUAAGGCUAAGAGAGAAGUUUGGUUGGCAAACGAUGUUACCACAGCACUGUUUGGAGUAUAAAAGUUCCAAAAUUGCAAUUCAGAAGAUUAUUCUAAAGGAACCUUUAACAGAUGAUGGAGAAUUUGUAUAUUGCCUUCCUCGGAAAAAUCAUCAAGUUCUCUAUAAUCCGUAUGACCUUCAGGUGGUCUCUGCCCACAGAGCUAGACACUGCAAAGAAUUUUGGAUUAUUACUGCAUCAUUUAUCUCAAAGGUUACUAAAAUAGGUGGUGUAGAAGAAAUAGAACUCAUACCUACUUUGGAAUGGCUUUUAGAAAGAACAUGUUACUAUUUAUUACAGCAAUUCAAGAUAUUUUCCAAUUUUCGAGUUAAUAAAUCAUUCGUUACUUGGAAAUUGAAUGUUAGAAGAAUUAAGACAGAGAAGAGCAGGUCGUUUUUGUACCGCCAUCUUUUUUGGGCCGAUGAGUUAUUUCAAGGCUGUUUGCUUUAUAUAAAGGGACUUUGUGAAGAUGCAGUUGAUAUCAAAAAAGGUAACGAACACAAAGACCAUCCGUCUGCCAUAUGCCUCAUAAAGCUGGAUAGGUCUCGAACAUAUUCUCUAGAUGAAUUUUGUAAAGAACAGUUACAGCAAGCCACCCAGGCACUGAAGCAGCUUGAGGAUAUCAGAGAUAAAGCUAUUUCUGAAAUCAAAAAUACAGUUUUACAGGUGGCAGAAAAGAAAGAAAUUAAAGAAUAUUUUGAGUCAAACCUCUCUGAAGAUGACACAGUACAUUUCAAGCUGCCUAAAUAUCGACGUUUAUUAGAAACAAUUUUGAGGUUUCUGCUGCUGGUUGACUACAUAUUUCAGGAAUUCAUCCAUCAACUAAUGAAUACUGCAAUCACACUACUUUUGGAAUUAUUUAAUAAUUCUGCUAGAAUGCCAUUUUCAAUGGAAAAAAGGAAUGAAGAUCUCAUUAAAAUAUACAAGAAUGUCUUCUCUGUCACUGAAAAGAUAACAGAUGAUUACGAAGAAUUUGUUGAUAAUUCAAACUUAUGUGCCACUUCUGUUUUAAAGUCAGAAGUAAAAACGGAAGCAGAUAUUAAUGAGAUUUUGAAUAGGAUUAAAGUGGAUGAGGAUUUGAGAAAAAUAUAUGCACCAGUAUUUGAAGUAACUCUACACUUGAGCAUUCCCGAAGAGAGUGAGUCUUCAGAAAUUUCCACAGAGAACUCUCGUGAGUCUGACAAGUCCUCCGAAGAAUCCGAGUUGUGUGAAGAAGAUGAGGCAUCAAAAAAUGAAGUCGGGUGUCUCAUGAAAUACUCCAGUAAAGAACUGCAAAUAAUGAAGAAACCAAAAAAAGUCUCUUCCAACUUCGAAGGAAUUCUUUCAGACAUAGAAAUCAUGACUGAGUUCGAGAAUAAAUACAUAUAUGAUGAAUUUUCAGAAUUUGCUACAAAUCUCUUCUUAGCUCCCAACAGAUUAGAGUUUUCAAUAAAAAUUCAAAAUAUGGUGACUGACAUUGAAAAAUGUAUAACCAAGAUUAUUCCUCUUUGCCGAGAUCCUCGCCUGUCUCUUUUUACUGAAUCAGUUUUAAAUAUGAGUUUGCCUAAUGAGACUGAAAGUGGAAUGGCCUCUAAGAAGCCAGCCAGAUGGCCAGAUUGUCAGAUCCUUUUUGAGAUGGAUCCUAUCUACCAAAAUAAAAUUGCCAGUCUCCUGACUGUUGUUGGUAAUUCCAUGGGGCAAGUUAAUGUUUACAGCUGCAAGUUUAUAAAAUACUGUUCCAUGGUACAGCAGGCCAAAGCCAUGAGUAUGAAAAUCUCAUCAAUAGAUGAACUGACUUCAGUACAGUUUAAAACUAUCCUGGCUAAAUUCAGAAACUAUCUUCAAUAUAUUAUUAAUAUGGCCAUUGAGAAACGCAUUGGUAUUUUCAAAGUUGUCAGUCUCAAUUAUCAGUCAGAAUGCUUACCAUAUGUUGAGAAUGUCAUACAUCUGAUCCACAACCUCUUGCAAUCUGUAAUUGAAAGAAAGAAUACAAAUCUACUGGAAGUCGUGGAGUCAUCACUGCGAAAGUUGGACUCUGAUCCCACUGAAAUAGAAGAAUUUGUGGAAUAUUUUACUUUUUUGGAUGCAAUUUCCUCAAAAAUAUUUGCGUUAGAAAAAGAGUACUCCACGGUUGCUCAGCUGCAUUCCGUUGUACGGUAUUACCAGAUCCAGAUUUCAGAAGAGCAAAUUGCCAUAUACAAAAUUCUUCUUGGCAGGUUUGGUCAACUAAAAACUUCUGUGAAGCUAAGCAAAACAAAUAAAGAUGCGGCUAUUUCUAGAUUCAGAGACAAUCUGGAAGCACACAUCACUGGUCUGCGAGUUGACCUCAGUAACUUAAAGGCCAAGAUAAGAACUCCCAUCCUGUUGUGCGAUGGCACCCGCGUGGACACUGCCACAGAGAUGAUGCAGACGCUCACAGAGGAAGCUGCCGCCCUGGCGCAUAAGGCUAAGACCUACUCCAGCUACCAGAACUGCUUCGAUGAUGCCCAGUCCCACAUGCACUCUCUCAACAUGGAAGAGAUCACACAGCUUGUUCUUGGGGAGGUUUCGGACAUUGAGUACGACCUCACCUUGAGGAAGAUACUGUGGGAGGUCCAAGAGGAAUGGAGGACGCUCUUUUGGGAAUGGAGGAAUAGUACCCUUGGCAGUAUUGAUACAGAAUCAGUCCAGAGAAACGUUUCAAAAUGGAUGCACAAAAUCCUCCUCCUAGAAAAAGGUCUACCUAAAAACGACAUGGUAGCCCAUCUCAAGCAGUCGGUGAUGGAAUUUAAGCAGGAGGUGCCUAUUAUCACAGCUCUGGGAAACCCCCAUCUUAAGCCGAGACACUGGGUGGCGCUCCAGGAGGUUAUCGGAAAGUCUGUUUCUCUUGACAAAGACUGUACAGUAGAGAAUCUUCUAGCACUCAAGAUGUUUCAGUACGAAAAUGAAAUUAACGAAAUCUCCACCUCCGCCACUAAUGAAGCUGCUCUUGAGAAGAUGCUGUUUAAGAUUAUUGACCAGUGGAACACGACCCCGCUGCACCUAGUCGUUCAUCAGUCAGAGUCGGUGUCCAUCCUGAUAAUUUCAUCCAUAGACGACAUAUUAACUCAGUUAGAAGAGUCUCAAAUCAUACUUGCAACAGUUAAAGGAUCUUCCUGUCUCGGGCCCAUUCGGGAUCUUGUGGAUGAGUGGGAUCAGAACUUGACUCUCUUCUCUCAUACUCUUGAGGAAUGGAUGAAUUGUCAAAGAAAUUGGCUUUAUCUUGAACCAAUCUUUCAUUCUGUAGAAAUACAAAGGCAGCUCCCAGCAGAAGCAAAACUCUUCUCUCAUGUGAUUUCCAUGUGGAGAGAAAUAAUGUUAAAAAUACAAAACAAACUGGAUGCUUUGCGAAUAACCACCUCUGCAGGAGUCCUUGAAAUUCUGCAAAAUUGCAAUACAUGUCUUGACUAUAUAAUGAAAGGUCUGGAGGACUACCUUGAAAUUAAAAGAAUGAUUUUCCCAAGAUUUUACUUUCUUAGCAAUGCUGAACUUCUUGAUAUUCUAGCUGAUAGCAGAAAUCCUGAGUCUGUACAGCCUCAUCUUGUGAAGUGUUUUGAAAAUAUAAAACAAUUACUGAUAUGGAAACAAGAAAUCGGUCCUCCUGCUGUGAUAAUGCUCAUAUCUGCUGAGGGGGAAACUCUUCUGUUGCCCAAGAAAAUUCGUGUAAGAAGUGCUGUGGAACAGUGGCUGGUGAAUGUAGAGAAGAGCAUGUUUGAUGUGCUGAAAAAGUGAAGACAUCAUGAAAACAUCUGGUUUAAUUUAUAAAGUUUAUUUUUCAAUGAUCAUCUUUCUAUCUUACUUUUUCAGAGCCAGAUCAUGUUUUAUAAUGAUUGCAUCAAAAGUUUCGUGAGCUCUCAUUCAAGAGCAGAGCUGGAGAAGGUCCAUGCUGGUGUGAUCCGUCACCUAGAAGAGAUUGCAGAGCUGGUGGCGCUGGACACAAAUAACUCCCGCACGCAGGUUGUCCUGGGAGCAUUGCUCACGCUCUGCGUGCACUGCAGAGACAUCAUGAGAGAUUUACUGCUGAAAGGCAUCUCCAGUGCGGGCGAUUUUGAGUGGACAAGGCAUUUGCAGUAUAAAUGGAAUGACAAAGAGAAAUUGUGCUAUGUGUCUCAAGGAGACGCCAGCUUCACGUACGGCUACGAGUACCUGGGCUGCACUCCCCGGUUGGUUAUUACGCCCCUUACUAACAGGUGCUGGCUCACCCUCACUGGAGCGCUGCUCCUGAAUCUUGGAGGCUGUCCCACGGGCCCCGCCAGCACGGGCAAAACGGAGAGUGUCAAAGAUCUAGCCAAAUCCUUAGGCAAACAUUGUGUGGUCUUCAACUGUUUUGAGGAUUUGGAUUAUAAGAUAAUGGGAAAAUUCUUCUUUGGACUGGUGCAGUCGGGAGCAUGGUGCUGUUUGGAUGAGUUCGAUCGGAUUGACGUGCAGGUCCUAUCAGUGAUUGCGUCGCAGAUCCUCACAAUCAAGGCCGCAAAAGACAGCUAUUCUGUCAGGUUUGUACUGGAAGGAAAAGAAAUUCGUAUCAACAUGUCUUGUGCAGUAUUUGUCACCAUGAACCCUGGGUACAAAGGUCGAGUAGAACUCCCAGAUAACUUAAAGUCUCUGUUUCGCCCUGUGGCAAUGAUGGCCCCCCAUUAUCAAAUGAUUACUGAAAUUAUGCUGUUUUCACUUGGUUUCAAAUCUGCAAAAUCACUCUCUGGAAAGCUGGUUAGCAUUUAUGAAUUAGCUAGCAAGCAGCUCUCACAACAGGAUCAUUAUGAUUUUGGCUUGAGGUCUCUGAAGACAGUUUUAAUAAUGGCUGGAAAGAAGAAACAGAUGUUUAAAUGUAACACCAAUGACCAUCUUUCUGAAAUGGAUGAGACUCCAAUCAUUAUUGAGGCUCUAAGAGAAGCUAGUUUGCCAAAAUUUCUCCCCGAAGACGUCCCACGUUUUGAAAAGAUGAUAGGAGAUAUUUUUCCUGGAGUGGCAGUUUCAACAGUAAAUCAGGUUGCCUUGGAGAAAGCAAUAUUUAUUGCAACACAACAGUUGGGCUUACAACAAUGGCCAGCUCAGAAAAAGAAGAUCGUACAGUUUUAUAAUCAACUUCAGACGUGCGUUGGUGUGAUGUUAGUAGGCCCAACCUGUGGAGGAAAGACAACAGUCAGAAGAGUUUUAGAAAGAGCAUUAACACUAUCACCAGUUGAAGACUUCCUAUCAAGUAAAGAAAGGGAAUCUAUUUCACAGAUUCCAGGAAGAAAAGGAAAAGUAGAUAUUUGUGUUUUAAAUCCAAAGUGUAUCACUGUUGGUGAACUAUAUGGACAACUGGAUCCUAAUACUAUGGAAUGGACUGAUGGAUUAUUAUCAACAGCAGUUCGAAAUUAUGUAUAUUUUAACACUGCAAGGAACUCAAAGAAAGACAGCGAUUUCAGACUGAAAUCAAGAAUCUCCGAUGCAUCUAAUGUUUUCCAACUCGAUUUCUCUGAUGCAGCAGAUACUGACGUUAAGAUAUUUGAGAAGGAGGAGGGGAAAGAUGUUAACAUUCCAGAAAGUCAGGACUAUGAUUGGCAGUGGAUUAUUUUAGAUGGUCCGGUGGAUGCGUUCUGGGUAGAAAAUCUAAACUCUGUGCUGGAUGAUACCAGAACAUUAUGCCUGGCAAACAGUGAGAGAAUUGCCCUAACUAAUAAAAUACGAGUGAUUUUUGAAGUGGACUGUCUGUCUCAGGCCAGUCCUGCUACUAUCAGCCGAUGCGCAAUGGUCUAUAUGGAUCCUGUUGAUUUGGGAUGGGAGCCUUAUAUGAAGUCAUGGCUUUUGAAAACUUCUAAAAUUAUGAGUCAAACAGGAGUGAGUUGUCUUGAAUUCAUGAUGAAAAAUAGUGUUGCAGAUGGACUACAGUUUAUAAAGAAGUAUCAGAAACAUCAGCCAUUUCCUGUCCAGGGCGUAACGAUCGUUAUAACUCUGUGCAGAAUUCUUGAUGCUUUCUUUGACUUCAUGGGUAAAAAUGGAGGCUUUGGAAAAUGUGAAGAUUUGAAGGACAUUUCAACUGAGGAGAAAAGUUCUUCACAUUCAAAAGUUUCUGUCAAAUUCAAGAGUAUAAAAAAGAGAGCUGAAAAUACAUGGUAUCUGGAGAAGAAUCCUGAUAAAUUAAAAAUUGUGCUUCAAAAGCUCUUCGUGUUCGCAUUUACUUGGGCGUUUGGAGGAACUUUAAAGCGUGAGGAUGAGCAUGAAGAUGACACAGUACUGUAUUCGAGCCACGAGCCUGGUACUCCUGCCAGAGUGACCUACGAUUUUGACAACCUUGUGCAUGAAUUAUUUGAAAGCAAUCCACAUAUAGGCGUCAACCUACCAUCCGGUAAACGUUCUAUCUUUGGCUAUUUUGUGGAUUUACAGCAAUGCGAAUUCAUACCAUGGUCAGAAUUACUUCCUAGUAUUCAGACACUAAUUCAAAAAGGAACGUCAAUACUAGUGGACCCUGAAGGAUCGAGUGAAAACCUCUUGAAGAUCACAGAAUAUGGAGAGAACAUCAGUCAUAUUGCCACCAGAGACACGGUGUCCCUUUCCUUCCUCAUAAGCCUUCUUUUAAAGAAUUUCUGCCCUGUACUUCUCACAGGAGACCCUGCUGUUGGGAAAACCAGUGCCAUUAAUGAAAUGCUUCAGAAGUUGGAGGGCCCUGGAGCACUGGAAGUGAAAUAUGGCUCCAUCUUAGGAGAAGUCCUACUAUACAAUGAAAUUAAAAAAUCAAGGUUCCUGAAGCAGAAUAUCAGCAUCUUGCUUUCUGAAACCCACAAGACAGCCACUGGAAGUCGAGAUAAGCCUAUUAAAAAGCCAGCAGUCAGAAUGGAUGAAAGUUCAUUUAAAAGUGAUAAGAAAGGAAUUAUAGUCUCAACAAUAAAUUUUAGUGUCAAUAUCACAGCUGCCAAAGCCAAGGAGAUGGUCCUGAAGAAAUUAGUAAGAAGAACCAAAGACACUCUUGGAGCGCCGAAGAACAGCAGGAUUGUCCUGUUCAUUGAUGAUCUGAACGUACCAGAACCGGAUAUGUCCGGAGCUCAGCCACCCCUGGAACUGAUCAGGCAGUUACUGGAUAUGGGAGGUCUGUACAACACUGAGAAGAACGCUUGGAAGAACAUUCAAGAUCUUUCUCUAGUGGCAGCCUGCGCCCCUGCAGCAGUCAGGAGGCACAUCAGCCCGCGUCUCCUCAAACACUUUUCCAUCCUGGUGCUGCCUCAUCCUCCACAGAGCGCCUUGCGCGCUAUUUUCCAGGCUCAUUUGGGAAUGUAUUUCUCCAUCAAUAACUUCACAUCCGACGUUCAGAAAAGUAAGGAUCAGAUAAUAUCUUGUUCUCUCGCUAUCUACUAUCAAGUAUGUCAGAAUAUGUUGCCAACCCCAGCGAAAUGCCACUACCUGUUUAAUCUUCGAGAUAUCUUUAAGCUCCUCCUGGGAUUGCUGCAAGCCGAGAAGGUCGUCGUUAACUCCAGACAGAUGGCAGCUCUGUUCUUUGUUCACGAAGCCACCCGAGUGUUUCACGAUCGCCUAAUUGAAUAUACUGAAAAAGGGCUUUUCUAUCAACUUCUCUCAAAGGAAAUUGAGAAUCAUUUUCAGAUUGGCAUAGACGGCUGUGGGAAGGAGACCUGUGCCACUCUAGCCUGUUACCUGACAGAGUGCAGACUAUACCGGGUGUCCACGUCCCACAAUUAUGCCUACAUCGAAUUCAAAGAAGACUUUAAAAGGGGCUUCAUUCAGGCAGGAUUGGAAGGGAACCCCACUGCUCUGAUAGUUGCUAGUUUAAACCCAAAGCAGGAGUUGUUUUUGGAGGAUUUGAACAACAUUCUCAAUUUGAGGAAUAUACUUGACCUGUUUGAAAAUGAGGAGCUGGAUUCCAUUGCACUAAGGAUGAGAUCUUUUGCUGAACAGUCUGGUUACAUUGAUAACAGGCAGUCUCUACUUGCAUUCUUCCAAAAGAGGAUCCAUAAAAAUCUUCAUAUUUUUAUGACCAUGAGUCCUGAAGGACCGACCUUCCGCCAGCAUUGUAGAGCCUAUCCCUCUAUGAUUACCACCUGCACAAUCGACUGGUAUGAGAAGUGGCCAGAAGAAGCUCUCCUUGCCGUAGCCAAUUCUUUCUUAAGAGAAAAUGUGGAUUUAAAGAACAGAGAGAACUUAAAAGAAAAACUUGCCCCAGUGUGUGUCCAAAUCCACAAAAGUAUAAAAGACUUGAACACAAAAUACUUCCAGGAAACCAGAAGGCAUUAUUACAUCACUCCCAGUAGCUACUUGCGGUUCAUGGAUACGUUUGCUCACAUUUUGAGGUCACGAGAGAAGGAAAUGCAAACAAAGAGGAAUCAUUUUUAUAUGGGUCUAUCCAAGAUCCUGGAAGCAACCACUCUUGUCACAGAUAUGCAGGAGGAGCUCUUGAUUCUUGGCCCGCAGAUAGAACAAAAAACAAAGGAAAAGGAAGCCCUAAUGGAAAAACUGCAGAAAGAUUCACAAGUGGUGGAGAAGGUCCAGAUGCUCGUUAAACAGGAUGAAGAAAUUAUGGCCGAAGAAGAAAGAAUAGUGGAAGAGUAUGCUCAGGAAACUGCCCAUGAAGUAAAAAGCGUGCUGCCGGCUCUAGAAAAGGCAGUCGUGGCUCUGAGCGCCCUGGAUAAAGCGGACGUCGCUGAGCUGAGAGUGUACGCGCAGCCUCCCCUCCUCGUGCUGACCGUCAUGAAUGCAGUCUGCAUCCUUCUGCAGAAGAAACCUAACUGGGCUUCAGCGAAGUUGCUUCUUUCAGAAACUGGUUUCCUGAAAAAACUGGUUAACCUUGACAAGGACAGCAUCCCCGAGAAGGUUUUCACGAAGCUGAAAAAAAUUUUAAUCUUACCUGAUUUCAACCCAAACAAGAUUGCUCUCGUUUCUGUUGCCUGUUGCUCUAUGUGCCAGUGGGUCAUAGCUUUGAAUAACUACCAUGAAGUACAGAAGGUGGUGGGCCCUAAGCAAAUCCGAGUAGCUGAAGCUCAAAAUGUCCUCAGAAUUGCACGACAAAGGUUGGCCGAGAAACGAAGAGGUUUGCAGCUGGUUGAAGAACAUCUGCUGUUUUUGCAAGCAGCCUACAAAGACAUAGUUGCUGAAAAACAACUCUUAGCCAACAGAAGAAAACUGGCCACCAAGCGCCUGCAGUGUGCAUCUAUCCUACUAACCACUCUGGAGGAUGAGAAGACUCGAUGGCAAGAAACAAUCAAUCAAAUAGACAAGAAGUUGGAAGGAAUUUUGGGCGACAUACUUAUUUCUGCAGCGUGCAUUGUCUACACUGGAGUGUUAACAGCAGAAUUUCGCCAGUUAAUUGUGAACAAAUGGGAGACUCUUUGCCCUAAAAACAACAUUUCUUUGUCUUCUAACUUUUCUUUAAUUGAAGUCAUGGCACAAAAACACGAGAUCAGCCGAUGGCACUCUCAGGGGCUCCCCCUUGGUCAGUAUUCAACCGACAAUGCCAUCCUGAUCAAGAACGGCCUGCAGUGGCCGCUGCUGAUUGACCCACACAAGCAGGCGCACAACUGGAUCCGGCAGAUGGAAGGGCCCCGGCUGCAGGAGCUCUCCAUCAAGGACAGCAGUUACAUCCAAACAAUUGAAAAUGCUAUGAAAACAGGAGGGAGUGUCCUCUUGCAGAAUCUCCCUGAAAUAUUACCUCCAAGUUUGAAGGCAGUUUUGAAGAAGGAUAUCCAUCAGAGAAGAGGACAGUAUUUCAUAAGGGUUGAUGGUUCUGAGAUUGAAUACAAUUCCAAAUUUAGGUUAUACAUAUCUACAGAAAUAGACAACCCCCAUUUUCCUCCGUCAGUGUAUAACUUUGUUACGAUGAUCAACUUCACGGUAACAUUCCAAGGUUUGCAGGAAGAGCUCCUAUCUACCAUAUUAACUCAUGAAGUUCCUUCCUUAGAAAAUCAACGUCUCCAACUAUUGGAGAGUAUUUCCCUUGAUGCUACAACCCUUGAAGAACUAGAGGAAAAAACAUUGAAUGUACUGCAGAAUGCACAAGAAUGUGUGUUAGAUGAUGAGGAAAUCGUAGACAUCUUAAGAAAAGCCAAAAUGACUUCAAAUGAAAUUUCAAAGCGCAUCAAAGCAACAGAAAAAGCGGAAAGUCAAAUCCAAGAGACGCGCAAGAGCUAUCUCCCCAUUGCUACCCGAGGUGCCCUGCUCUACUUCCUUGUGGCCAGGCUCGCCCAGGUCAACUGCAUGUACCAGUUCUCCCUAGACUGGUUUCGCCAAGCGUUCAUUCAAGCAGUAGUCUCUGUAAGCAAAGAACAAGAAGAACCCAGCUCCAAAAGGGAGAAGAUGUCUCUGAAGAAAAUUCGUGAUACUACAAACCUCUCAAAAGAACCGAAGUUAGAAAGUGAGGGAAAUCUCUUCCAGAGACAUCUUGAAAAUUCAAUCGAUGUGUUGACAAGAAGUAUUUUUAAGGUGGUCUCUUCCGCUCUAUUUAACCAACAUAAACUGUGCUUCUCCUUCCGGCUCUGCAUCACAAUCAUGCAAAAUAACACUAAUGGUGAUGACAUCGGGUCCCUACCAGAUGAAGAAUGGGACCUCUUCCUACAUUCUGGCAUGUUGAUAAAUAUUAAAGGUGUGAUGCCCCAGGUCAAACUUAAUAGCAUGUAUGAGACAUGCAGAGGUGGGCAUCUGCAAUGGGUGUCGGAAUCCCAGUGGAGACAAUGCCAGUAUGUCAGCAGUGAGCUCGAGCCCUUCUCUCUCCUGUGCAAAUCCCUGCUGUCCAACGUGCCCCAGUGGGAAGCUUUCAAAACCAGCCAGGCUUCCUAUUGCCUGAUGAGUGCCCCUUUCUCUCCAGAAAAUGCCUCAGUGGAGGAGAGUAAGAGAUCACCGAAGGAAACUGAACUUCUGGAUGAAAAGGAAGAAGUACGUAGUCCUGUGAAUUUCCCCUGGGAGAAACUCAGUGCAUUUCAGAGACUUAUUUUGAUAAAAAUUCUUCAACCAGAACAUUUGAAGAAUUCAGUGAAAAGGUUUAUAACUGAAAAAAUGGGAAGUGAAUAUGUUCUCAGAACUGGAAUUAAUUUGAGAGAGUCAUAUAAGGAAUCCGAUGCCAGAACUCCAAUAAUACUUAUUCACUCCCAUGGGACUGACCUCACCAACACUGUCCUGAAAUUGGCACAGGAGUUAAAAGGAGGAACAAGUCACGUGACCAUUAUUUCCCUGGGUCGCGGCCAGGCUGCCAAGGCAGAGGAGCUCAUCAUGAAGGCCCUCCCCAGGACCGCACAGUGGGUCUUCCUGCAGAACUGUCACCUUGCAGCGUCGUUUAUGCCGAGACUGUGCACAAUCAUCGAGUCAUGUAAUAGCCCAGAUGUGACAAUAGACCCUGACUUUAGGCUGUGGCUAAGCUCAAAAUUGGACAGUUCUUUCCCAAUUCCAAUUCUUCAGAAGAGUUUGAAGAUCGCAGUGGAAAAUCCCCAGGAACUGAAAAGUAACUUACUACAGACCUUUGGAUGUGGUGGGAGCGGAGAGGUAACAGAAGAGAUACUUGAAAAACCUGACUGUGGACCCUCGUGGAAAAAACUUUUAUUCAGUUUAUGUUUUUUCAAUGCUGUGAUCAAUGAAAGAAAAAAUUACGGCAUACUGGGCUGGAAUAUUGCUUAUAAAUUUAGUGCUUCGGACCUGGGGGUCUCCAUCAAGAUUUUGGAAAAUGCCCUGAGCACACGGUCCAGUAUUUCAUGGCCGACACUGAGCUACCUGAUUGGGGAAGUGGUUUACGGUGGCCGGGUGACCGACACGUGGGACAGGCGAUGUUUAAACACCCUUCUCUACAAAUUUUGUAAUCCAGAAGUGCUGAGAGAGGACUUCAGUUUCUCCAUGCCCAAAUCUGUGAGCAUCAGGGAGUGCAUACACAUCAUCCAGUCCUUACCUGACGACGACCCUCCGGAGCUCUUAGGGCUGCACCCCGAGGCCAUACGAGGCUGCAGGGAGAUCCAGGGCCAGAAGUUCAUUGACAGCCUCAUCGUCCUGCAACCCAGAGCCACCACAGCAAACCUCAUGAUCAGUCAUGAGCACAGUAACGAUGAACUGGUGAUGGAAAUUUUAUCUGACAUGAUAAAGCAGCUGCCAAUGUCUGUGGAGAAGGAGGAAUGUUCUGGAACUCCCAGCAUGAAGUACAUCAUGUCCAGCCCCAUUUGGGAGUCUCUUUGUAAAGGUAUCCAAGGCUAUGAUCCCCUCAUCCAUUGCGCCUUGCUAUCCUUUCUGAGCCAAGAAAUUGAACGGUUUGAUAAGUUCUUAUUGGUUGUGCAUAAGUCUUUGAAAGACCUUCAACUUGCAAUAAAAGGGGAGAUCAUCCUUACCCAAGAACUGGAGGAAAUAUACGGCUCUUUCCUUAGUAUGCAAGUACCCACGCUGUGGCAGAAACAUGCCUACAAGUCCUGUAAGCCCCUGAGUUCCUGGGUUAAUGAUCUCAUCCAGCGAGUGAAUUUCUUCAAUACUUGGGCCAAAAUGGCUUACACUGCAAUACAUCAUCGGUAUAUGAAAUUUGUCACAACCUGGAAGCAUUCCAUUCCAUCACCUACCCAAACCCCCAAAUGCCCUGAAGAUGAGCACAGUGAUUUCUUUGAAGGAUUUCCUGCAAGAUACUGGCUCCCAGCUUUCUUCUUUCCACAAGCCUUUCUUACUGCUGUGCUUCAAGACUACGGACGGUCCCAAGGAGUCUCCAUAGACACCCUCACUUUUACCCACCACGUGACCUCGGACACCAGUGACAUCAGAGACAACGAGUUCUCCACAGUCAUCCAAAAGAAACUCAACAUCGUCAGGAGGGCCUUUAAGGGCACAGACAGCACACACAUGGGAGUUCACAUUUUUGGUUUAUUCAUCGAGGGGGCAAGGUGGAAUCAUGAACAAAAAGUUCUAGAAGACUCGCCGCCUCGUGAGCUGUGCUGCGAUUUUCCUGAAAUCUACUUCUUGCCAACAAAGAUUUCUACUGAAAGAGCAAAUGCUUCUGAGCAGACAGAUUCCGAGCUCCACACGUUCGAAUGCCCCAUCUAUCAGACACCUGAGCGGUCAAGAAUUUUGACAAGCACUGGCUUACCCUCGAACUUUCUAACCUCCGUGUAUUUACCCACAAAGACACCUCCUAGUCACUGGAUCACAAUGCAGGUCGCACUGCUGUGUGAGAAGAAUGAGAAAUAA